AUGAUGGGAGGACAGUACGAUUCGAGCGGAGGCGAUGGCGGUGCAGGAAACCCCGUGGUAGCAAAUGCAAAAACUAUAAUCAUUACGUCGAAAUUGUUGAACCUGAUGUUGGGCGUGCGUGCAUACGCUGCUGUAAAGAAUACAGUGACUGUCCGCUCGACAAGGACACUGCGGGCUGUCCAGCGGUCGUUCCUGGGACGUAUUGUUAAUGGCGUGCAUCGUGAUGACCCAACGUUUGUUUUUUGGGGUUAG